CCUUUAUAAUUUAUAUAUUUUUUUCUCUUACAUUCGCUCCAUCGAGCCUCUCGUUUUCUUCCGCAACAAUUUUCUCGGCAGAUCACUACCUCGCUUUUUCUCGGGGAUUUUGCCUCCCGCCAAACACUCCGCAAUCCCCCUCCUCCUCGACUCUAAAUCCUUGCGAUCGCUAAAGAUUCUGUCUCACCUUAAACCGAUCUCUCUCUCUCUCACUCACUCAUUCACUGAUUUGGACAUGGGUGUUACAAUCAGAGAAGUCCACACAAAUUACAACUUGCUCUCUAAUUUGCAGUGGCGUCUCUAAGUUAGUGGUUGUGCUCUGAUUGUGUGCAUAAAUGUCAGUUGGAAAACUCAAGGCUGCCAGUGCUGCAGAUUUAAUGAAAUCAGAGGAGCCGAAUGAUUCUUUGGACACUUUCAUCAGACAAGCUAUUGGAAAAGAACCCUUCCUUUCCUUGUCAAAGCCUGGGGACACUCCAGUCCAAUGGAUUCAAUUGCUCCAUGCCUUAGAUCAACAAGAUCUCCCAGGCUGGCCUUUGCUCACUCCUCUGAAGGUGCAGAUGCAAAAGUGUGAUAAGUGUUCGCGAGAAUUUUGUUCACCCAUUAACUAUCGAAGGCAUAUUCGUGUGCACCAUAGGUUGAAAAAACUUGAUAAGGAUUCUGCUAAAAAUAGGGGUCUAUUAGCAGCAUUUUGGGACAAGCUGUCAGAGGAUGAGGCGAAGGAAGUCAUAUCAUUCAAGGACGUGUCAUUGGAGGAAGUUCCGGGUCCUUCAGUUAUAAAAUCAUUGACAACACUUGUAAAGAGACCAGGGUUUUCUGCUUUGCCACAAGUUUGCUUGAGGGCAGGUUCUGCCCUUCUGGAUAUUGUCCAAACUAGACCUUCAAGGUUUCCGAUAUCUUCACAGGAAUUAUUUAGUAUCCUUGAUGAUGCAAGUGAAAAGACUUUCCUUUGUGGUGCAGCCGUGUCAAUGCAAAAAUACAUUUUUGAUGGGGAAGCAGGAAAGAUUGGUCUUGAAACCAAAAACUUGGUUUCUAGUACAAGCUUCUUGGUGGAACAGAAAUUGGUUAAGGCAUGGCUUGCAGACAAGGAUGCUGAAGCUUUGAGGUGCCAGAAGUUGCUAGUGGAGGAGGAAGAAGCUGCGCAGAAAAGGCAAGUUGAGCUUCUUGAGAGGAAGAAGCAGAAAAAGCUUAGGCAGAAGGAACAGAAAGCAAAGGACCAAAGACAUGGGGAGAUGGAAGUAGUUAAGCAGGACAUGGAUGAUUCAUUGGGGGUUAACAUUCCUGCUGAAACAUCCAGCUCUUUAGCUGCUUGUGAUUGUGAUAGACAAAAUCCAGUCACAUUGACAGAUCAGGUUCUCUUAUCUAUGGAACGCAUUUAUUUUUCCAACCCUCAGGAGGAUGUAGAUUACAAAAUGCAGAUGGGGUUUAGCAAUGGAUAUUGUGAUCCCGGAACUAGUCAGAAUAUUGAAAGACGAAUGGAGCAAGCAGGUGGGCAUCGGCAUAUAGUUGUUGCUAGAUGGAAGACUCCACCUAAAUCACAGCGAGGGGUGCCUACUGGUCUUCAUGCCAGUCAGAAUUCUAUUGGAUUUAAGUUUGGAGGCAUAAAUAAACAUGGAACAAACAGGGAAAGGUUUGCUGCAAUGGGUAAUGGUAAUAAAAUGUGGAGCCGAAAGCCUAAAGCAGUAAAUGAUGGGGAGAGUUUGAAAAGUAGAGCAGAGAAACAAGCAGCAAAUCAACUGGAUCAAAAUAAAAACCAUGAGGUUUUAAUUGGCUCUAUAUCAGUCACACUUGGAAAUUGUAGCCAUCAUGAGGGAAAUAAUCUCACUGAAGCCCAUGACAGGUGCCUGGCAGAGUAUCAAAUACCAAAGAAGAACAAUGUUCACGAGAAAUCCAGCAAACUUGAUCCUGUUCAGGGUGUUACAAACCGAUCAACCAUUAAGUUUUGGAGGCCAGUGAGCCGACAUGAAAGCAAAAGUUCACUGCAAGUCCAAAACGGCAUUAGAGAAUUUGAAGUGGAAGUGAUUGCUGAAAAGGAUGGAGACCAGACAUCCUCUAAUGAAAGCUGUCUAAGGUCAUGGGUAACAGACAGUAGCAAUGGUGUAGUAAGCAUGAAUACUUCGACACUUGAGGAAAGUGUGCAACCAGGAAGCUUGCAGUUUGACAGCCAUGCUGCCAAGGUCUUUCUUGCCGGAAGGUGGAAGGAGGCUAUUGCAGGCGAACAUUUGACAUUGGUUCUCUCCCCGAACCUUGAGCUUCCUGGGUGUUCAGUGGUAGAAAUUGAUUCAUCAGAGAAGUGGAUGGUUAGGGCGGGGGCUUUUGAGGCUUCUACUGGCGGGGCUGCCAAAGGCAAGUUCAGAACGAAGCCUGAAAAGGGUGCAAAGAUAAGGUACAUUCCUAAACAAAGAUCUGCCAUCUAAGACGAGGAGAUAUAUGGGAAUAUUUAUUGUUGAGAUUGCACAGUUUAGCGAAUCAUCAUUAUAUUGUUAGCCAGAGGUUCCAGUUUUACCAGUGGUCUUCUGUCGAAAAAUUGAAGAAAGGUUUUGCCGGAAAAUGUUUUAUAAUUCCGUCCUUUUUUCUUAAGGUGGUAUAGAAGUUUGACUAGUCUUAUGAUUUUUCUGUUCAAAUUUUUUUUGGCUUAAUUGUCUAAAUUUUUGCAGUAAUAAAUUGGGGUUUUAGCUAUUGCAAAGGCCUUUUUUUUUUUGGGGUCAAAGUGGAAGUUCAUCUUUUUUUUUCUUCUACUGCUGUCCUGUUAAGACAUUUUAGAAUGAUUUUUUUUCCCGGCUAA